AGUAGAUCCUGAGAUCUGCCCUGUGAUUCUGAAGAUGGAGAAUAUUUUCCUUCUGAUGAAUAGCAUUAUUCACUUAUGGAAGAUCCCCUGCUCCAUGUCCAUAGUAGUGGACAUAAGCUUUGCCAUUAUGUGUGGUGUGGGGCUCUUUUACCUACUAAUACCAUUCCUGAAGGAGUAUCCAGAGUCACCACCACCAGGGAGAGAAAAGAACACCCCAAAGGUGGUACUGAGGGAGCAGAACAUGGCCAGGAAGAAAACUGCUACCAUAAAAGCUUUCAGAAGCUGCCAAAAGAAUUCGCAGGAUACUCAGAAUGUACCACAACCUAUGGAAAGGCCCAUUCAUUGUCCUUUACUGGACUCUUCUCCCCACCCACUUUGGUACUCUAAGGAGAAACUGAAUCCGCUUCCCCUCCCUCAGCUGUUUUCUUAUCUCAAGUUUUUAGAAGUUCUUAUACAGCAGAAAUUUAACCAACUUUUAUGGGGCAUAUCCUCUGUGAUCUCUGAGGCAGUUGUGGCUACUGCCUGGGCGUCCAGGAAAUCCUCCUCAGGGCAUAAAUCUGUCAGGUUUACUGAUGCAUGUGACCCUGUUCAAGCUCUACCUCUGGCUAAAGAACCUCCACAGCUUUUCCAGGACCAGCACUUGCCCCACCAACUUCUGACACCAAGCUUGGUAGGUGUAACAGGAGUUCAGAAACUAGAAAACCUCCCAAGCUCAAUACCAAACCAAUCACGUCCUUCAUCCCAGAGAAGAGCCAAUAGAAGGGCACAUCCUACUGCUGAGGUAGGGAUACAGACAUCCCUUCCAAAUGUAAAAGAAUGCUCAACACACAGACUAGAUUGGAAAGACAUUGCAGGUUGUAAUGUCCAAAAUUGUCAAGCAGCCAUUAGCCAGCCCACUGACAACUCGUCCAGGGGCACCCUGCCUGUUAAAACUAUCACAUCAGCCUUCAUCCUUCCUGAGCAUUAUCAAAUGAUCCACCAUCAUAAGAAGAGACAACCUGAAGAGAAGGCAAUUAAUGAGGGAAAACAAAAAGGAACCCAUGUCAGAUUCUGUCCAUCUAGUGAACUGACACAGCUUCAGGGAACUUUCCAACCAAAUGGUGAUGGUUAUUGCAAGAACCUGCCUGAACCCAACCAGCCUGGCCAGCCCUCUAUCCUCAACUCCAAAAGCUACAAGUUGAGCCAGAUGGCGGGGUCUGUGCCCACAGGGGUUCCCUUAAAGAGGGCCUUAGCUAAUUCUGAUAUGCUUAGCACAUUCAAGAAGAAUCCCAGUGUUGGGGCCAAAGAUCUGCCUUGUACUUCAAGCUGCACUCCUGGGAACAGUUUGGAAUCCAGGAACUCUGUGCUGAGGACAGAUGAUCUGCUUUCCAUAAACACCAGCAAGGAUCUUUCCUUCCUUGAUUCAAACACUAAAAUGAAGCUGGAAUUCAGCAUCAUGCGGCAUUUUGAGAAAUGUAGAAGGAGAUUACUCGGUGUUUCCAAGGCUGAAUAUUAUCCCAAAGCUGCCUUGAUCCUGGAAAAAUUGCAUCACCAAGAUCCAGGAGGGAUAAGGGUAGAAACUGUAUCAUCUUCCAGGUUGGAACGUCCUCUGUUUGAACAUUCACCUCAGGAGACCCAAAAAGCCCCUCCAACUGCUGCCAACCAUGGACCCUUAACAUCCCAUCUAGAUCAACAGCAGAGAAACCAGAAUGUUCAGCCCCAUACUUUCUGUUUCCAUGCAAAACCCCAGCAGAACAGAACAAUUCAAGGAACUGGGAGAGGCUACCUGCAAUCAGACACCAGCCCAGGAAUGGGCAAGCAUGCACCCUGGAAGCAGUCUGAAGAUGUACCCUCAGGACAUUCCUGCUUGAGUGCAACAACUGUGGGCCCUGAAUACAGAGUCCCACCUUCAAUGGCCAAACUAACCAACACAUUGGAGGUAAAAGAAGACCUACCUCCUGCAUGGAGGGUGAGUCUGGGAUCCAGUGAGAUUCCCAAUGGGCAAGCCAUCAAUAUUACUCUCAAGGACUUUGAGUCUUUAGAUGCCAAAAGAAGCCCAGGCCAUCUCCAAAAACCUACUGCUCAAAACUCAGGGGACUUGGUUCUAAAAAUAAAAUUAGAUAAUAACAUUGACUUAAAACCAAAUGAGCAUCCACAGUCUUGGCCUGUGAGUCAUCACCCAGAUGCCCCCAAUACAGUACACCCUGCCAAGGUCAGCUUACCUUCACAGAACUCACUGCCCAACUUUCAGAAUGGAUGGCAAAACCUCAAGACUUCACAGGGAUUAGGUAAUCUCAUGAGUAGUGAUCAGAGUGUGGAGACUAGGGAGUUCAGAUUCCACAAGGAUAGGAUUGAAGCAAAGAAUGACAAUGUAUUUCCUCCCCUUGAAGUGAGGACCACUGUUUUGAAAUCUGAGAGCAUAAGCCAGGGAGAAAGGCUUGGGAGAGUAAGUCCUUCUAUCCCGAGCUCCAUCCAGCUCAAGGAUACAGCCAAGCUUGAGAGUCAGUCCUCCCUUAAUAUAGCAGGAAAAAGGGAGGCUCCUGCUAUAAGUUCCUCGAAGAAUAUCACCAGAAAUAUUGCACAAUAUGAAAGCCUCAGCAAAACAUACAAGGGGCAGGGGGACUCUUUGAGGAAUGAAAUUCCCCGACCAGUUACAGGGCUACAGGAGGUAGUAGAUAGAGAAAAUCUCUUCUACAGUACAGCAGUUGAACUACAAGUCCUCAUUAAUUCUCUGCUCCAGAACCUGGAGAAAAAUGUAGAUGACACAUCCAAACUCCCCAUAGAUCCUGUGACCCAAGGACAAGAGGAUAAAGUGGAAUCAUUGGCAUUUCAAAUGGGUGACUCCACCUACACUUCUGAGUGUCUCUAUGACCCAAACCACAGCAGACCAGCAAGAAGAAUGAGCAGUGGCCACACCAGCUCUGAGAAACACAACCACACUUUCUCAUUCAGUGGAAUCGGAGUCAAAGCACAGUCAGGCAUUGAUGCCCAGAGACCCUGUGACAAACAUCUGAAAAAAGCAAAAAGAAGAAUGGACUUUGUCCAGCUGCCUACUCCCAUGGGAAAUGAUUAUCCAUGUUGUUACAGGGGAGAUGGAAACAAGCAGGAGUCAGGUCUUGCUAACCAGAGAUCGUGUGACCUAGGCCAAAGUAGAAGAAAAAUUGGAAUGGGAGACUCUCCACAUGGAGGCUCCAAGGGGCACAAGCACUCAUUCAGAUACACAGGAAUUAGAGACAAACAGGAGCCAGUUGUUGACCAGAAAAUCUUUGAUCCACAUCAAAAUACAAACAAAGGAGUGGACUGUGAUCCACUAAUGAUUCUCAAAGAUAACCUUCCAGUCAAGGACAGGGGAGCUGGAGUCCAGGAGCAGUCAGCUCUUGCUGCCCAGGGACCCUAUAACCCAGAUGAAAUGAGAGCAAAGAGAGGAAAGGAGUGUUCUCCACAUAUAAGCCCUGAGAUGCAUAACCAUUCACUCAGAUACAGAGAAAUCAGAGAUGAAUCACAGCCCAAUGUUAAUGCCCAGAGAGCCUGUGACCAACAUCUGAACAGCCAGAAGAGAAGAAUGGCCUUUGACAACCUCCUCACUCCUAAGAACAACCAUUCAUGUCAGCACAGGGUAACUAGAGACAAGCAGCAGUUAGGGCUUGAUGACCAUAAAUUCUGUGACCCAGAACAAAUUAGAAUGAGUGGAAUGGGACCCUGUCCACAAAGAAGCCCUAAGGAGCACAGCCUUUCAUUCAGAUACAAAGAAUUUGAAGAAAAAGUGCCGUCUUGUGUUAAUACCCAGGGAACCCAUGAUGAACAUCCAAACAGUGUGAAGAGAAGAGGCUUUGACCACGUCCCCACUGCCACGGGGAACAACCAUUCACACAAUUACAAAGUAAUCAGAGGCAAGCAGCAGUCAGGUCGGGCUGACCUGAGAGCCUGUGACCCAGGUCGAAUUAAAAAGAAAAGUGGAAUGGCUGGCUGUACACAUACAUGUCCUGAUGGGUACAACUUUUUAUUCAGGUACAGAAUAAUUGGAAAUAAUGAGCAACCAGGCAUUGUCCUUAGAGCCUGUGACCCACAUCAGAAUACAGAAGAAAGAAUGUGCCAUGGUCAACCUGUGAGUCCCAAUGUGAACCAUUUGGUCAAGCACAGGAAAAAUGGAGGCCAACACCAGUCAGGUGUUACUGCCCAGGGAGCCUCUGACAUGAGGUAGGCCUUACCAGCAAAGGCCAAAGAAUGGGUACCUCAAGCCAUUCAGAAGAUGUCCCAUCUCCCCAGUCAUUGUUUUCCCCUAUUGGUACUUGGCAAUAAAUGUUGGCAUUUUUCCUGAAAUACAUUGCAAUAAAUACUGACAAGAAUCCAGA